AUGCAACGUAUUCUCGCAAGUACAGGCCGACGGUCCAAGCUUGCAUUGGGCAUUGAACUCGAUGACUGGACCUACUACUAUGCUGGCGAUACUGUCAAGGGGCAUAUAGUGUUGGAAUCGCCCAAAUCGAUCAAGAUUAGCCGCGUUCGUAUGGUGUGGAUGGGAGUGGUCAAAGUGCAAUUGGAGCCUGGUAUCCAAGAUGAGCAAGAGUUGUUUCGUCAAGUGUGCAAUGUGGAUUUGCCUGUUGCUGCUGCUGUGGAAGCUGAAGAAGAAGGAAACGAGCAAAGUGGGGAAGCUGAAGCACGUCGGCGACGAGAAGCUUUCAGGAACGCUGCUGCAGCCACCACAGCCUAUGGCAUGAUGAUCCCUACUUCCAAUCCAAGCCCGGUCUUUUCUCUCGAAGCGGAUAAGCAAUAUCGAUUUCCCUUUGUUUUCGUUGUUCCUUCGGAUGUAGCUCUUCCUAGCUGUACCGAGAGUGAAACAAGCACCAAUGGCAUUGUCGAAUAUACCAUCGAGGCUCAAGUAGAACAACGAUCCACCGACUUUGCUGCUCCUACCAAAGCACGUAUCAAUGUCCCUGUAUUGCAAGAAAUCGACACGUUGGUAGAUGAACUUGACAGCCCUCAAUCAUCGCAAGUCUAUUGUCACGCUGAAGAUGAUGAUGAUCAAGACCAUUUCGCCACAUUGAGCGCUACAGUGCCUAAAAAGGCUUUUCUUCGAAAUCAAUCCGUGUCUAUCACUGUUGGCUUGAAGCACUUUACAACAUUCCAAAGACCCAAUGCUGUUAUCAUUGCACUGAUUCGGGUAACACGUAUCCAAUGCAAAGGAGUGUCCUAUUUAUUAUCAGAUUCUGUUGUCCAUUAUGUGAAGGCGGAUAUUGAUGUGACACAAGAUGGCGGUCUUACACAGACCAUUGUACGUUCAAUCCUGAUUCCCGGAACCAUUACCCCAACCAUCGAGAUCAAUGGGCAAUUGUUGGAAGUGAGCUAUAAGGUCCGUGUACGAGCACAGCUACAAGAAACCAGCUAUGAAUUGCCUGUGGUCAAUUUCCCAAGCGACUUUCAAAGCCUGGCAGGAAUGACGGUUGAAAUCCCCAUCAUAGUUGGCACAUUACCAGUAUCAUCCACACACACGCCCAUGUCUCCUAUCAGCCCACGCUUUGUCAACCCAUUUGAACUACCAGACCCUGAAUUGCUACCUGAAGAUGCUGCUUUGGAUGCUGACACUGAGUCGCGUGUUAAAAUCUUAAGGAAGCUUUUGCGUCGUACAUCAUCAACUGGAAGCACUCAAACGCUGCCUAUCAUGAGCGAGAGCAAUGAUAAUAACCUCACCAUCGACACCAAAAAGAAUAGGCGAUCCUCCAACGUGUCCUUAUCAUUGAGAAAUACUGGAUCCAUGCUUAUGAAGACCGUCACCAGUACCAAUACCAGUAGCAACAAUGAUGCAUCUGCUACCAGCAACAGCAGCAAUCCUACCACCACCACCACCACUACUACUACAUCCACCUCUACAACUGCUACUACUACCAGCACCGAUAAUAGUACAGCAUCCACAAGCCAAAGCCCUGUACUUGUGGUAUCUCCUUCCACCACCUCCACCUCCUCUUCCUCUCCUCCAAAAAUUGAAGACUCGUAUCGUCUUUCGGUUGGGCCUAGCCUUAGCAGCUGGUUUGAUCAACACUACUUGUCAACAACAACGCCACGUGAACACAUCCCCACCAGCAGCACCAGUAAUGAUGGCUCAUCACCAACAUAUCCUAAUAACGACAAUAACAUGGAUCCACCACCAUUGGUUAUACGCCUAUCAUCUUCAUCCCAUGCAUCACCUGCUUUAGAGGAGCCAAAGCAACCUAAUGAUCACACAACAUCCAUGUUACAACAAGAAGAAGAGCAUCCUCCAAUGAUCUCUGUUCCACCUUUAUUGAAGAGUCAAGAUCCUCAGAGAAGGAAAAAAGAAGAUCAGGAACGACAAAUGGCGGAUCAUCUCGAACAAUCACAAUUGGAUCAACGUCACAUGGAUGGUAACACGUAUUAUUUCUACAUCUUUGAUGAUUCUGAAGAUGAAGAUGAAGAAGAAGAAGGAGAGGUUCAAACAACGCCUACAGGGUUCCUCAAGCCUAAUAGCAGUACCAAUAACCUGGGAGCCAGCGAAGCUCGCAUCAGCAUGGACAAGCCUAGUCGACAACCCCUGGAAGUUUCCACCUUUAUCGAUAAACCAGAUCAAGUGACCGAUAGCGAGGAGGAUUCUAGUGAUGAGGAUGAGGAUGAAGACUUGUUGGAUAUCAUAUCCAGGCGAGAUCGAAGGAUAGCAAGUCGUAUGGGAGGAGGUGCUCGAUCAUAG